AUGAUACAUGUUACAUCAUCUCUCAAUUACAGCUCAGCAUUUCUGCCAAGACCACCUGUGGUAACAAUAAUGGGCCAUGUUGACCAUGGCAAAACAACGCUACUAGACACUUUACGAAAGUCAUCUGUUGCUGCUGGAGAAGCUGGGGGAAUAACUCAGCAUAUUGGUGCAUUUUCAGGUAAAAUAAAAGACAACAACAAUGACAAAUUUGAUUAUUAUUUUGUUACAUCUGGGCAGUAAAUACUGUCUGAAAUUACCAAUUUACCAACUGCUAAAAAUGUAAGUAGUAACUAACAAAUUAAAGAAAGAAAUGUUUAACAAUUACCAUGAAUUGAAUGACAUUAGAAAGAAAGACUUGGUUGAAAAAAAAAACUUCUUUGAUUGACACUAUCCACAAGAAGCACAGGUUAAUUGUGGUAGGCAGUGACAACAGUUUAUAAAAAGCCUACGUGUAGAAUAAGUUUAAGGUGAAAAUGUGUAGAAAGUUUACAUUUUAGAGGAUCUGAGUGCCCCUCUGUUUUCUAAGUGUACAAAAUUCAUUUCAUAUGUGAUUCCGGUGAAAGGAAACUUACUGUCAGCCCUGAAUUUACAUUGAUAUUUAUACUCUUAGGCCCUGUUCAAACGUGAAACUUUUCGUGUACCGAACUUAAUCCCUCAAUUAAGUACAUGAAAAGAUCAACGUUUGAGUCAAUUGAGUCCAACAUUAUUUUAUUUGGGCUGACCCAUGAAUUAAGAUCGAGUGGCCCACAUGGUAAUUUCAACUGUGGAGCGUCUCAGUAACUUCAAACAUCAAACUUUUAAUAGCAUAUUUAAUUAGCAUAAUUUAUUUUCACUGGUAAGCACUUUAGAUGAUUGUAAUGAAUCGAGUAUGACUAUUAAAUUUGAUUUUUAUUUUCAUGUUUUAUAGUCCAAGUCCCUGGUGCAGAGAAGACAAUAACAUUUAUUGAUACUCCUGGUCACGCAGCAUUUGAAACCAUGCGGGCUAGAGGAGCUAAUAUUACAGAUGUGGUUGUUCUUGUGGUGGCAGCAGAUGAGGGUGUCAAACCACAGACUGUGGAAUCCAUAAAGCAUGCCACUAAUGCAAGAGGUAUUAGACCAUCAGUACAAAGGAGUCCAUGAAAUUAAAUGAAUGUGCGCUAUUUCAGUCUUAGAUUUAAAUCUUUUCUGAUAUGAAAAGAAAAAAAUAAAAAUAAUAUAUGGUCCUGUCAGAGAAGUGUGAACUGCCUCAAUAGAGUUUAGCUUUUGGUAAAUGGUCACCUUUAAGGAUCGACAUCAUCUAACUCAAAAGUUAUUGUGUAGAACCACUAUAGAAUGGUAUAAAACUCAAACUACAUCAGACGAAUGUUAAUUACGAUUAGCAAGAUUGUUUUCUCAGGAGUUGACAGUUUUAGGAUUUGAUUUUGUAAGGUGUUAUGUUAAAAUUAGAACCACAGUCUGUGGGCGAAAAGAAGUACAUGUAGUUGAAAUCAUAACUUGCUCAAAAAACAUUCAGCUGAUACUGUAGCUUUCAUUUCAUUGUGUACUUUAAAUUCAGAGUUAUGAAUAAUUAAUGUGGGAUUCAACAUUUUGAAUCGGAUUUUAAACUGUGUAUUCUUUGUUACCUGCAGUUCCAAUAAUUGUGGCAAUUAAUAAAAUAGACAAGCCAAGAAUCAAUGUGGUAUGUUGGAAAAUGAUAUAGAAAAAAACUGAUUAUUGUAAUAAUAUGUUGGUAUAGACUGUUGAAUUGUGAUGUUGUUUGCAAAGUUUGAAUUUUGUAGAAUUAAUAAGUCAUGCACAAAAUUACCACGUUCAUUAACAUUUUCUGAUAAUAAUAUGCAGAAACAAGUCAAGCAGCAGCUUCUUCAACAUGGAAUACAACUUGAGGAAUUUGGAGGAGAUAUUCAGGCAGUUGAAGUGUCAGCCUUAAAGGUACUAGAUCCACACUGGUUUUCACCAUUUUACAGAAACCGUUCAGACUUUUCAUAAUAAACAUAUUUUUCAAUAAAAAAAAACUUUCCAAGUUGAAAUCUGGAAAAUAUAUUGGACAAUUUUUUUCAAGCUUUAGAAGGUGCUGUAAUUAUAAUGGUCUACAUUUUGAACCACUCAUUUCAGCAGACGUUCUUUGGGGAGGAUUGCGUGACAAGUCAAAAUAAUGUCUGCUGGGAAGCUAAUCCAUGUGUGACCACCUACCAUAACCAACCACGUACCUGUUGUACAACCUGUAGUUAAUUUUUAAUCUCAGGGAAUUCUUCUUUUUCUUUUGUGUUUGGGUUUGGUAAUGUAUGCUAAUGAAGUUGAAGCAAAGGAAAAAUAAAAAAUUACCUGAGAUAAAAAAUUAACUACAACAUACCCAUACACCAAAAAUCUUAAGCCCUUUAAGCCCAAUAUCCACUUAGAAAUUUUCCGGACUGAUCUCUUUACAUUAACUUGAAAAAUUAGUUGAGAGAAUUAUAUUUUGUUGACCGGUCAAACUACUUUCCUUUUGGUGAUCACUAAUUUUUAUUAAUUCUUGUAACCUCUCUGUUACAGAGGGGCACUCUUGACUAGGAAUUAGCUGACAUAUAUUUCCAUUAACAGAUUUUAUAUUAAACCACCAUUUCUUUUCUUCUUGAAGGGAACCAAUCUUGAUGGACUGUUAGAAGCAAUCACAACCCUCGCAGAAUUGCAUGAUCUGAAGGCUAAGAGAGAUGGUCUUGCAGAAGGAGUUGUUCUGGAGUCAAGAAAGGACAAGGGGAAAGGGUACAUCUUGACAAAUUAAUAUACAGGCUUAUAUACUGAAGACCUUAAUACCACUUGCUGAAGUUAGGCAUACGUUUAUUUUUUGUGAAAGUCCAGGCUGGGAAGACUGGAACAGGUGUAUGCAGUAUGCCCAAUGUUGAUCACAUACAUUAGUACUAUCAUUACUCCAUGACAAUUACUGUCCGAUGUUUUUUCAGUGCUGUAGCAACAGUUCUUGUUAAACAUGGAACCUUAAAGAAAGGCAGCAUUGUUCUUGCUGAUGACACCUUUGCUAAGGUAACACUUUAUAUUAAACCGCACUUGUCUUAAUUCAUGGUUGUUAACAGCUUUCAGUGAAGUGAUUAGGUCAUGCAGCCAAGAGAAAUGCUAGAUUUCUAAUUUGGAGUCCAGCUUUGACCACUACAUGUGUAGCUGACUUUGUUUCGUGGUAGUUUCAAGCUCAACUCCCUCCAUUGUCAUGCUUGUAAAUAGCCAACUGGUAGGCCUCCUGCCGGAGGAUUCUAACUCUAAAAUGUAACAUUGUUAUGUUUUAGUUUAAAUUGUUUGUUUCCAGGACAGUAGACAGAUCAGAUGUAAAAGUAGAGGGCUUGGCAAUCAAUCGCUGAAGGCGAUUUCAGGCUUUCACUCUCUCACUGUACCCUUUUUCCCUAAAGAGGCAGCUCAAAAUUCAAAGUAGCCAAUUUUUUAGCCACUCGCUGGCACUUAAUGAGAAUCCUGUGUUUUAGUUGUUUGCACCGUCCAACUAAGCAUGAUUUUGUGCAGCAGAUACUGCCAAGAGAAAAUAAAGAUUUAUUAUCUCUACACUAUUAUUGUUACUUUCGUCACCAUCAUCAUCAUUGUAUCAAUAAUAUUUUGGCUGUCUCUGAUAGGUGCGCAUGAUGUAUGACAGUCAAGGCAAAGUUUUGUCACAAGCCACACCCUCCAUCCCUGUGGAGGUGUUAGGGUGGAGAGAACUGCCUUCAGCAGGGGAUGAAGUUUUUCAGGUCACGUCAGAGGUGAAUACUGUCAUGAAGUCACUUUUUCUGCCAUUUCUCUUUGUAGGGCGUUCUUAAGCAAAAGAGUUUGGUGAUGUCUCUGACCUCACAGACAACAACAGAGAGUUUGUUUUGUUUUUCACUUUUGUUGUUGUUGUUGUUUUUUUUGCUUGGGGACACCUCUGUUUGUCAUGUGCAGUAAAUUAUUGAAAGCUUUCGUAAACCAUCAGAGUAAUCAACAUCAACUCUUUCAUAGCAUUGAAAAUUACUUUAAUAGGUAAUGAGAAUUAAUAAAAUGAUCACCUUCAAGACUGCGUAUCAGGAUCAGGGAUUAGGGAAUUUGUAUUGGGGUGUGUUACAGGUUGAAAUUACAUUCAGGUUAAAAAUAUUUUACCUAGGUUAAUUCUCAAUUUUCCUGUUAAAUUAUUCAUGCAUUUCGGGCUAGUAGACAAUGGAAAUUGAGAAUCAACCUAGUUUAGAAAAUUUUAUCCUGAGAAAGAAAGAAAGUGACUAAGUUGAGAUUGCUAAAAUUACAUAUUUGCCCAAAAGUAACUAUAAAGAUGGCCACAGAAUAGACUGUAAUGGGGUAGGGGCUCUGAGAGGCCAGCGGCACACACCAGCAAAAAUUAACCCAUGUACCCCCCCACCCCAGUCCCAAAGGUGUCCAUCUUACAGAGAGUUGACGGUAAAGGGAAAGUUAUUUUCUUACCUAGCACAUAUUUUAACCAUUUUGGAUUAUUUUUUCACAGCAAGAGGCUCAUGACUUUAUAAACAAGAGAAAAUCAGUACUUCAUGAAAACAGACUAUCAUCAGAUCUUGGGCAUAAUUUGUUAGAGGACGUUGAGCUCACUUACAAAGGAGAUCCUGCACCAAAGGAACCAAACAGAAUUUAUGAUUCUUCUGACAAGUUAAAUGUAGUUAUAAAAGGUUGGUUUGUUCAUAUGACUGUAGUUACAAUGAGGGACAAACGUGUUGACACACUUCAGUAAAAUGGCCCCUUUUUGCAUAGUGGAUAUACUUAUCCCCUUCCCCUGUCUACCCCAGCCCCUUCCCCCCAAAAUCAAUGUUGAAUUUUGGACUCUCAAGUCUUUUUUUUACUUCAGACAACAUUGAUUCAGGGGGUGAGGGGAGUUACGGCAUUUAAAAGAAAUGAAAUAAUGAAUGAAUUAAAUGUUUGUUAAAAGCACCCGUUUUAAACAAGUGUGUCAACUACUUUUGUCCCUGGUUGUAGCUAAGAAAUAAACAGGUCAUCCAGAUUUGUUAGCAAGGUGUGAGAAAUUGUCCUUGAUGUAUGAGAUCGAUGUCUUCAGUCCGCAGGUUAGAGACUCAUGGCGUACGAGAGCUGGCACUGAUAUAAAAUAUCAUUUUCUUAGCUACACAUGCACUGAAUACUGAAGUAUUUUCUUUCCUGUGUAGGUGAUGUUGAUGGUUCAAUAGAAGCCAUCAAUGAUGCUCUACAAACUUAUAAUUCACGGAAAAUUUCCCUAAAUGUUUUGUGCGCUGAGGUAGGAGCAGUCAGUGAAAAUGAUAUCAAACUAGCAGACACCUUUAAAGGUAAGUUUAUCUAGCUGCAUACCUAGUCUGAGAAAACAGCAAACAUUUCAUGAUGCCACCUUUGGAUUUCCCCUAGAAUGACUUCGGAGAAACCAGUGUAGAAAUUCCAUACUGCACACUUUGUGAGUGCCUAGUUUUCAGUGUCGUACCUCCAAAAAUAAAAAUCGAAACCAUUUGACUGAUGAAGUCAAGAAUCUGGGGGUUGAAAGUAGAUACAUUCAUUUGUAAUAACAAUAUAUAGCAAUCCAAGGGAAUCAAAGAAAGAAAAUGUUGCUAAUGCUUCUUGCAAGUGUAUUGAAUUUCAAUGGGGACAGAUGGAAAUAGUUUUUGCUUGAAAUAUCUAUAUAACGAAGUCAUAACAGUUCAUCAGUGGGAUAAUCACUCAAAUACGGUUGGAAAUGAAUGCCUUAAUAACCAGAUUGUUGAUUAAAGUUUUCCAUCACAUGUCUAUUGUCUUUGAAAGUUAAUGUUUUUAUUUGUCAUUUAAACAAUUAGGUGUGGUAUUUGGCUUUAAUGUAAAGAUGUCAAAGAAAACACAGUCCUUUGCAAAACAGCUUGGUAUCAGUGUUAAACACCACAAGAUUAUUUACAAGUUGCUAGAGGAUAUCAAGGUUUGUGUGAGACAGUGCAUGAACAAUACUUUAUUUCAGUCUACUGACAAAGGAAGACACCAUACACAGUAAAAGAAUUUGUCAAAACUUUUCUGCUAAGGGGUUCUUGAAGCCAGGACUAUAGACCCAACUUAGCAAACCUUAGUUUGUUUUUGUAAACAUCAUUCUGCUCCAGGGCCAGGUUGUUCAAAGCUGGGUAAAGAAAACCCAGGGUUGGUCUGAAAUUUGAAUUCUGAUAUGAAAACUUAAAUAGCGAGUUCAGUUUAAUUCUCUUUGUCUACAAUUUUUUGAGAGGAUGCUUCAAAUAAAAUAGAGAAAAUUAUAUUGGAGAAAUUGCUUUUGAGAAAAAGAAUAAGAGACUUGGAUUAAAAUUUAACCCUAGGUCAGCACUAUCAGCUAUCAAAGGGCCCAAUAGUAAAAGAAAGUUGAAAUAAAGUCGUCAGUACAGCUUCUUUCCUUGUACUUCAUCAUUAUACUCUCAUGAAGAGUCACUACCAUGAUGGUUAUUGCCCUUAAAUUUUGUAAAUUUUGAAUUUCUUUAAGAAUUGUUGAUCAUGAGAAGCAUUUCUUCAUUUGUGUUUCAUCCAAAUUCCAGACCCCAUGAAGUCAGUCUUGAUAAUCUUGGCUGCAUCUCAUAAUGGAUAAAAUAUGAAAAGAUAAUGUGGAAAAUUGUUCCGCCCCAGUUGUUCAAAAGGUGGAUUACACUAUUCACUGGAUAAAUCUCUAUCCUCUGAAGAGCCCAACUGGUUUCCCUAAUACUUGUACUUAUCCGCUGGAUAGUGAUUUAACCUGUGAAUAGCACUCUCCAACAUCUGAACAGUGUGGGCCUGCUUGUCACUGCAUGUGCAUGAACUGAAGUGCAAGCAGGUAAAGGCUAACCCUUAACUCCCAGAGUACCAUAAAUAGUGCCAGUUAAAGUUGAUUAGAUCACCAAUUGCAGUGUUCACUUUAAAUACCUUGCAUUCAGGAUGAGCUUUCAAACAGACUUCCUCCAUCUAAAGAAGAAACAGUCACUGGUGAAGCAUUAGUACGUAAAGUGUUUCACCUUACUGGCAUGCGCAAGGCUGUGGUGGCUGGCUGCAGAGUGAAAAUGGGGAGCCUUGCUCGGGAUAGCGUUUACAGAAUAACAAGGAAUGGCGAGGUUAUCUUUGAUGGUAAGUGGGUAUCUUUUUCUUACAUUGUUCAAACCUGGAAUUCUUUUGGAAUUACAUGCACCUGGUAAUUAUUAUUCGGUCUGUAAUCAUACGAGUGGUUAACAAACGCGGGAGUCCGAUUUGUUUAAUCACGAGUAUGAUUACAGACCGAACUGGACAACACGAAGUUCUGUGACCAAUUAAUCAUAACUUUAACAAAAUUUGUGAUAUAUUAGGCUCUUUUUUUUAAUCAAAACACAAGAAAUUCCGAGAUGUUUUUUGCUGGCAGUGAAAAAAAAAAAGCCAUUUAAUUUUUCUUUGUAAUUGGCACUGAAAAGCCCCUUUGGGGAAGUGGUCAAUAAACGUAUGUAUGUAUGUAUGUAUGUAAUGACUUCUGAGAAAUGAGUGUAUCAGUACCUAGUUUUCUGUGUCAUACUUCCAAAAAUAAAAAUUGAAACCAUUUGACUGAUGAAGUCAAGAAUCUAGGGGUUGAAAGUAGAUAGAUUCAUUUGUAAUAACAAUAUAUAGCAAUCCAAGGGAAUCAAAGGAAGAAAAUGUUGUUAAUGCUUCUUGCAAGUGUAUUGAAUUUCAAAGGGGACAGAUGGAAAUAGUUUUUGCUUGAAAUAUCUAUAUAACGAAGUCAUAGCAGUUCAUCAGUUGGAUAAUCACUCAAAUAGGGUUGGAAAUGAAUGCCUUAAUAACUAGAUUGUUGAUUAAAGCUUUCCAUCACAUGUCUAUUGUCUUUAAAAGUUAAUGUUUUUAUUUUCAUUUAAACAAUUAGGUGUGGUAUUUGGCUUUAAUGUAAAGAUGUCAAAGAAAACACAGACCUUUGCAAAACAGCUUGGUAUCAGUGUUAAACACCACAAGAUUAUUUACAAGCUGCUAGAGGAUAUCAAGGUUUGUAUGGAAUGACAGUGCAUGAACAAUACUUUAUUCCAGUCUACUGACAAAGGAAGACACCAUACACAGUAAAAGAAUUUGUGUCAAAACUUUUCUGCUAAGGGGUUCUUGAAGCCAGGACUAUAGACCCAACUUAGCAAACCUUAGUUUGUUUUUGUAAACAUCAUUCUGCUCCAGGGCCAGGUUGUUCAAAGCUGGGUAAAGAAAUCCCAGGGUUGGUCUGAAAUUUGAAUUCUGAUAUGAAAACUUAAAUAGAGAGUUCAGUUUAAUUCUCUUUGUCUACAAUUUUUUGAGAGGAUGCUUCAAAUAAAAUAGAGAAAAUUAUAUUGGAGAAAUUGCUUUUGAGAAAAAGAAUAAGAGACCUGGAUUAAAAUUUAACCCCAGGUCAGCACUAAUCGGCCAUCGAAGGGCCCAGUAGUAAAAGAAAGUUGAAACAAAGUUGUCAGUACAGCUUCUUUCCUUGUACUUCAUCAUUAUACUCUCAUGAAGAGUCACUGCCAUGAUGGUUAUUGCCCUCUAAAUUUUGUAAAUUUUGAAUUUCUUUAAGAAUUGUUGAUCAUGAGAAGCAUUUCUUCAUUUGUGUUUCAUCGAAAUUCCAGACCCCAUGAAUUUAGUCUUAAUAAUCUUGGAUGCACCUCAUAACAUGAUAAAAUAUGAAUAGAUAAUGUGGAAAAUUGUUCCGCCCCAUGCCAGUUGUUCAAAAGGUGGAUUACACUAUUCACUGGAUAAAUCUCUAUCCUCUGAAUAGCCCAAUUGGUUUUCCUAAUACUUGUACUUAUCCGCUGGUUAGUGAUUUAUCCCGUGAAUAGCACUAUCCAACAUCUGAACACCGUGGGCCUGCUUGUCACUGCAUGUGCAUGAAAUGAAGUGCAAGCAGGUAGAGGCUAACCCUUAACUCCUAAAGUGCCAUAAAUAGUGCCGUUUUAAGUUGAUUAGAUAACAGAUUGCAGUGUUCAUUGUACCUUGCAUUCAGGAUGAGCUUUCAAACAGACUUCCUCCAUCUAAAGAAGAAACAGUCACUGGUGAAGCAUUAGUACGUAAAGUGUUUCACCUUACAGGCAUGCGCAAGGCUGUGGUGGCUGGCUGCAGAGUGAAAAUGGGGAGCCUUGCUCGGGAUAGCUUAUACAGAAUAACAAGGAAUGGCAAGGUUAUCUUUGAUGGUGAGUGGGUAUCUUACAUUGUUCAAACCUGCAAUUCUUUUGGAAUUACAUGUACCUGGUAAUCUUCAGGAGACUGGCACUAGCAUUGCCAUCUCCUAAAGGAAAAUUGCUGCUUUAUCCCCAGUUGCUCACUACCACUAUUUUGGGGGAUAUUAUUUUGAGUAAAGCAGUGACUGUGAGGACAGCAACAAGAAUGGCAAAAAAGUGUACAUUUAGAUAAGCAAAGCAACAACUUCGCAGGUGCAUCACACUUUUUUGUACUUUUUUUGCCUCGUAGUGCCACCCCGACGUGAAACUGCCCAAUUUCAUGUUUUCUGGAGACCAUUACACGAGACAUUUUUUUUAUUCUUUUUCAAAACUUUGAUACAGUCCUUUAGAAUUCAUCUCCUGAAAAAAUUCACCAACAUUUGACAUUUGAAUCAGGGUGAAUUCUUUUUUAAGAGAUGUUUUCACUGCGGUCAUCAUCGUUGUUGUUUAAUGCUCCCUAAUUAUUAAGGAAAGUGGGAUGAAAGGAGUGAUGGGAAGUGGAGAAAAAAACUUUCCCCUUCUCUCUUUUUCCUUCCCAUCACUCUGCUCUUGUGCUCUGUGCUUGCCCCUCUCAUGCCUCUCACUUGUCUCCCGCUCUCAUGCCUCUUGCUUGUCUACUAAGCAUUGGGAAAGCUUGUGAAGAAGGCAGGGAAAAUUGCCCUUAGAACCAAACCUGGCCUGUAUAAAGCACAUAAAAUUAUUUCAUGCACUGAUGGUUGAAUGUGUGAGGUCAAUAAGUAAUGAUAACAGGACUGAGUGAAGUCCAAUUCGGUCUGUAAUCAUACGAGUGGUUAACAAACGCGGGAGUCCGAUUUGUUUAAUCACGAGUAUGAUUACAGACCGAACUGGACGACACGAAGUUCUGUGACCAAUUAAUCAUAACUUUAACAAAAUUUGUGAUAUAUUAGGCUCUUUUUUUUAAUCAAAACACAAGAAAUUCCGAGAUGUUUUUUGCUGGCAGUGAAAAAAAAAAAGCCAUUUAAGCGUGCACAUGAUGGCGUGUACUGUCCACGUACUUAGGUAUGACGCGUACUGUCCUAUUUAACUGUCCUAUUAAGGCUGAAAUCAGGGCAGUUAAUAGCCAAUCAGAUUUAAGAAUUUUGUUAUAGUUAUGAUUAAUAUAAUAAUAAUAAUAAUAAUAAUAAUAAUAAUAAUAAUAAUAAUAAUAUUUAAAGAGGGAGCCCAACUCGCCUUGGUGGUUUUCAGUGGGGCCCUCAUUUCUAAAAUUUCCCUCAAUUCCUAAAAGUCUGGAAGCCAUAUCUCAGGAAUUCCUAUCAGUGCCUCAGGAAAUUGUUUGGAGGACAAUAUCCUUCAAAUUGAGUGCUUGGAGGUUCCCUAAAUUUUUAGUGUCUUGAAUUUGAACCCCAUGGAAUGUCGAAUCAGAGACCAACACAUGGGUUAUCCCCCAGAAAUUCUUGAUUUCAUAUCUCUGGGAACCACUUGAGGUCAUACCCAAACAAUUUAUUGGACAGACCAAUUUUCCAUAGAUUCUUGAGGUAAUUGUGAAAACUCAGGGAACCCCAGCCAAAGAGAAUACCAUUAUAUGGUCAGGCAAACACUCCUAAUGUUUGUUUCUCAAGGGAUCUUCAGGAAUACUGUUCAAUUUUGUCAGUCAAAUAUAUUUUCAAAGUGAUGAAUAUGAUGCCUUUUUUCUUUCAAAAGGAAAGUUAUCAACCAUGAAGCGUGGACAGGAUGACAUUAGCCAGGCCAAAAGAGAAACAGAAUGUGGCUUAUCAUUUGAAAAAUUCACAGAUGUUGAAGAAGGAGAUGUUGUACAGUGCUACACUAUAACUGUGACAAAACAACCUAUUGAUUGGGAUUGGGGUUUCUGA